AGAUUCCAUAGAAAUGAUAUUUAGGAGGUUUAUUCAAAAUACCAGACUACUUCUGUGUAAAACCAUGAGUUCUAUUUCUGAACCAUCAACUGCUAAACACAUGAAAAUGAAUGAAAAGAACAAUAUUGUUUGGGUUGAUCUCGAGAUGUCAGGUCUGGAUGUCAAUCAAGAACAUAUACUGGAAAUGGCUUGCAUUGUGACAGAUUCAGAUCUGAACAUCAUUGCAGAGGGUCCAGAUAUCAUUAUCCACCAGCCAGACACUGUACUGAAUAACAUGGGAGAAUGGUGUACCAAACAGCAUGGAGAAUCAGGUUUGACGGAAGCAGUGAAAAACAGUAAAAUAGAUCUAAAAACAGCAGAAAACACAAUGGUGGAGUUCGUAAAACCCCACAUCAUUCCCUCCUCAUGUCCCUUGGCUGGUAACAGUAUUCACUGUGAUAAGGAGUUUCUACAGAAGUACAUGCCAGACUUUAUGAAACAGCUUCAUUACAGAAUCAUAGAUGUUAGCACCAUUAAAGAACUCUGCAGGAGAUGGUACCCAGAAGAACUAGAUGGUGCUCCAAAGAAGAAAUUAUCACACAGAGCCUUGGAUGAUAUCAGGGAAAGCAUAGAGGAACUUAAAUAUUACAGAAAAAAUGUAUUUAAAUAAAUCAUUCACACAAAUUCA